CCUUGGUUAGUGGUGUUUUACUCACUGAAGAAGACAAGUUGACUCGUGUAGUGUCGAGUUUUGUGCCUGCAUAAAGAUGAAGUCCUGUGUUUUGAUCGCCGUUCUCCUGGCCCUGGGCCACUGCCAGGCCGCCGAAGUGGCCGAACCAUUGGCUGUUGAGGGUCGCUCCAUGGGCAGCAUAAUCUUGGAUCUAUUGGAGGUGUUCAGAAGACUUCUGGAGACGGGCUAUGGACCAAUGCCCAAGAUGGCUCCCGCCGAGGUCAAGCACCAGACCUUCAAGUUCAGCACCGGAGAGUUUAGCGCCAGCGGAGAGAUCAACGACUUUGUGCUGGAGGGCCUCAACGGCUUCGAGGUGAUCAUCAUGGACGUGGACGCGAUCCGGAGUCGUGUGGACUUCGAGCUGAACUUCGGGAGCAUCAACUUCACGACCCAGUACCAGGCCGACGUGGGCAGUGGGUAUCGGAUGAAGCGCGACGGAGGCGCCUACCUGGCCCUGGAGGACUUCAACCUGAAGGGACGGAUCUCCUAUUCGCUGGGCAUCAUCUCGAAACAAAUGAAGGUGAAGAGCGUCCUUGUCUACCCCUCGGUGGGCAACGUGGCCUCGGAGAUCGAGAACCUUUCCAAGUACCGCAUCUUCAACCGAAAGCUAAACGAGAUCGUCGAGGAGUUCAUCACGCUGACGGUUAACGAAAACACAGAGUUCGUGGCCACUUGGUUCAACGAGCUGGUGACUCCUCUCUGCAACGACCUCAUUGGGGAUCGUACCCUGAGCGACCUCAUUGCCAUUAUUACCGGCGCAAAAAACUAGUCCGCAAAUAAAACAUAAUAAAACCGAUCCAAAGUCUUGAUGUUAAAUUUGCCUAUAAUCGGCAGCCAUAAA